UGUGGUCUCCACACUCUCUUCUCCCCCUAUUGCUUUACCUUCGCAGCUAUAAACUGAACACCUCUCUCUCUCUCUCUCUCUCACUUUCUCUCUCUAAAAUCACAGUUCGAUUUCGGAAGAAACAGUUUGUGGAAUUGAAGCUCAAAAGAUGGGAACGUUGGGAAGAGCAAUCUACACCGUCGGAUUCUGGAUCCGCGAAACCGGCCAAGCCCUUGAUCGUCUCGGCUGCCGCUUCCAAGGCAACUACUACUUCCAAGAACAGCUGUCAAGGCAUCGGACACUCAUGAACAUAUUUGAUAAAGCUCCUGUUGUUGAUAAGGAUGCAUUUGUGGCUCCUAGUGCUUCUAUCAUUGGGGAUGUUUUGGUGGGACGAGGUUCUUCUAUUUGGUAUGGAUGUGUUUUGAGAGGUGAUGUUAACAGCAUCAGUAUCGGAUCUGGAACAAAUAUACAAGACAAUUCUCUUGUUCAUGUAGCCAAAUCUAAUCUAGCUGGGAAGGUUUUGCCAACUAUUAUUGGUGACAAUGUUACUGUGGGUCAUAGUGCCGUUUUGCAUGGAUGCACUGUUGAGGAUGAGGCAUUUGUUGGUAUGGGAGCAACCUUGCUUGAUGGGGUUUUUGUUGAGAAACAUGCUAUGGUUGCUGCUGGAGCCCUUGUGAGGCAGAAUACCAGGAUCCCCUGCGGAGAGGUGUGGGGAGGCAAUCCAGCAAAGUUCCUGAGGAAGCUCACAGAAGAAGAGUUGGCCUUCAUCUCCCAGUCAGCCACAAAUUAUACCAACUUAGCUCAGGUUCAUGCAGCUGAAAAUGCCAAGAGUUUUGAUGAGAUCGAGUUCGAGAAGGUGCUCCGCAAGAAGUUUGCGCGGCGAGAUGAGGACUACGAUUCAAUGCUGGGUGUUGUCCGUGAAACACCUCCGGAGCUUAUACUUCCUGAUAAUGUCCUACGAGAUAAAGCACCAAAGGCUUCUUAAAGGGAGAGUUUCCAUGUUAGGUAUUUCCUCUUCGGAUCUGAUGAUAAUGGAUAUUUGUUGCUAUGUUUUGAUUUAUGGAGAACGGCUGCUAUCCGUUUCUAAUAAUAUAUGGGGGGGCCAGGACAAAAUAUAAAAGAUCUAAUUAUUGUAUGCAUUUCUGGCAUAUGGCUUGGCUCCUCUUUCGUUGUCAGACACUUCCAUCUCGUUUCUUGAGGUAAUUUUAUGUUAAGAGUAGAACACAUAUUUGCAUGUUUUAGUCAUCCAGAAAGGUCUAAUAGAUCUGUACUACAGCUCAAGUGCUUUGAUAUGUAUGACCAGAAAUAAGAAUGUGAAAUCAGAGUUUUUUCGGAGCA